AUGAGACUAGUUUCUUAAUAUUUUGAGUCAAAUUUCUAAAUAUUUAUAAUUUCAAUAUAAAAUACUAAUAUAUAUAUAGAAAUCAGGAAGGCAAUUCCUUAACAUUUAUUUUAAAAGAAUGAGUUUCAAUUUUUAGUUUCUAUUGGUUAAGCAAUUAGUUGCUUAUUAUUAUUGACUUAUUUUGCUUAUAAUUAUGUCCCUUUGAAUUGGAUGGCUCUACCAUUUGGAUUAUAUAUGCUUUAUAACAGGAACAGUGAGUACAGGAAUAUGUAUAAAGAUUAUUUAAAUUUAGGGGUUCUUGGUCAUGAAUGUAGUCAUUUUACAUUCUCAGAUACUAAAUGGUUGAAUGAUGCUUUAGGUUUUAUAUUGCAUGAAGCAUUAUUGGUACCUUAUUUUUCAUUGUAACAUUCUCAUGCUAUUCAUCAUGCUAAGACAAAUCAUUUAACCGAAGGUGAAACACAUACUCCUGUAAUUUAUGAUUCAAAAUGGGAAAGUUAUAUUAAAAAAUGAAAGAUAUUUUAGGAGAGGAAUGCUUUACUAGCAUUUAAAUCUUUAAUAUAGCAGUUUUUGGAUGGCCUCUAUAUAUUUUAAUUGGUGUAUCAGGAGGAUCAGCAAGAGGAUUCACUAGUCAUCUCAUAGUACUUAAUAAAUUGUUACCUAAGAAAUUGUUAGUCAAAGUAAUAGUUUCAAAUCUUGGAAUAUGUUUAGUUAUUUAUUUAUUAUACAAAUGGUAUUAAGCAACUUCAUUUGCUGAAGUAAUGGCUUUGUAUAUUGGUCCUUAUUUGGUAGUCAAUAUGUGGUUGACCAUCAUCACUUCCUUAUAACAUAAUGAUUUAAAUAUUUCUCAUUAUGAUGAUACUGCUUGGAUAUGGUUAAAAGGUAUAUUAUUAAAAUUAUUUUAGGGAAUUUAUGUACAAUAGAUAGAAAUUAUCCUCUUUGGAUUAAUGCUUUACAUUUCGACACUGGUACCACACAUGUUCUUCAUCAUCUCUUUUCUGAAUUACCUCAUUACAAUGCUAGAGUUAUAUUAUCAUUAUAUUAUUUAUAGGAAGCUAAUAUCUAUCUUAAUUAAGUAAUUGGGGAUUUAAACAAUCAAGAUACCAAAUAAUUGUUGACAUCCCUUUAUGAAACUGCCAGUCUUGUAGGAGUAGAACACAAAGGAAAUGGAAUCUGGAAAUUUAUUAAGACUUAAUUAUUGUUUCGUAAAUCAAAAAAUAAAAUAUAUUUUAUUAAAAGGAUAGUAAUUCAUGUGAAAACUUAUAUCAUGAAACAACUGAAGCAUUAUUGUGGAAAAAAACUAUUUAGAGUAGAGGGAGAUUUAAUAAAAUAGAUUCAAUUAUACAGUUAUAAAUGA